AUGUCACAGGAAUUAGCGGGGUUUAAAGAUCUAAAAAUAUCUGAAGUAUCUACUCAAAAUAAAUCCUCAGAUGAAGUAGUAUUGAAAGGUAAAAGUGGUAUACCGAACCAAUCUAUGACAAAACCGAUUACAGUGGAUUCGAAUACUGGGGAAGUGAUAGUGAAAAAAUUUACAGGGAAACAACGUAUUAGAAAAGGUCAAUCACUAGAACAAUAUGAAGAACAAUUGCAACAUUUCUAUGACGUAGAGAAAGGCCCCACAGUGACUCCAAUAGGUUGGUUGGCAUCUAAUGAAAAGUUCCAAUCCUCCUUGGAUACAUUAGAUCUAGAAGUAAAACAUAAUAGAUUAUUACUAAUGGGAUUCAUACAUCGAUGGUAUUAUAAUCGUGAUUAUUCUCUAUGCUUGAAAGCUUGUAAUGAAAUUCAACAAAAGUAUAAGACAAUAAAAUACAGCGAGAAGAAGAUGAAAAGAGAAAUUGAUGAACUCAAGUAUGUAAUGGAGAAAUGUUCAACUUUUAUAAAGAAUGGAUCUAAUUGA